ACUUACAGAGGAGGGACGUCAUAACCCGACCUUACAGAGAAAAACAGGAUCGUACCAAACAGAAAUAAGUUGGCCAGUUGUCGCGUCGUCUCGGAUGUACUAGCUAUGGAUUGAAAGCGCAUAUGUUUUUGUAUUUGUCGUUCACAUUUUAAUUUGUAAAUUUUGGAGAAUUUGUUUCCUCGAAUGCUUCGUAGCAAGCAUUAAACAGGGCCCAGGCAGCGACGAUAGCUUGUAUUCUUUUUUUGUUUGCUUUCCUUCUCCCCAUUCGCUUCGACGAAUCAGUGAAGGCAGUGAGCACAACCUAAGGCGACACUGAUUGCAAACGGAAUGAAAGUUUGUGAAGAGGGAAUAUUCGACGCAGGUAUUCUACAUGGCUGGGCGUGGAAUAUAACUUGUGCUGGUGGCGUCUACAAAAAAGACUUGUAAUUGCCUCCAAAGAAAAGCAAAUUCGUAGAUGACAGUAAGCGAACUACCAAAACAUAACGCUGGAGAUCUGUUAGACGUAUGCGUGGGUAGCUUGGAAACGCUAAUGUUAUGGCAGCCUGUCGAGGUUGAUGCGGAUAUUCGCCACAGGCACUCUUGUUUAUUAGCUUGGCUAGUCAGUUAGCGGGUUGGUUACUUAGCCACAACUUUUUGCAACGCGACAAAUAUUAGCUACUAUCUUAAAGGCUGCGCUUGAGUAAAAGGUGGCCGUUUCCGUUCCGUUUGGCUCUGGUAGCCCAGCGAGGCAUUUUGCCUACGCAGUGUUGUUAAAAUGAACGCAGAUAAGGGGUGCACCAUACCAGAUAAUAUCGGAUCUCCGUUUCCACUCUAUUGGAGUGGUACUUCAAGCUAAUAUAAUGUUGCAGUGCAAUCUUGAAGAUUAACGUAUAGCUACCAGCUGUAGAGCUAACAUAUCGGAUCAAAAUAUCCGCUCAAUCCGAUGACUGUGGAUGAUGACACGCUGUUAAUUAGAUAUCAAUCCAGACUUGCAUAUUGGCAGAACGUUUGCAGCCUAGUUUUUUUCAGGCAGAACGUUUCUUCUCAGUUUACAGUAACGUUAUUCAAUGUUCCAUUCCAUUCCUGGCGAGGCAGCUAGUUUCACAGUUGAGUCCAGACUAGUUGUGUUUAUCUGAUGUCAUAAGUUUCAACGCAGAAGUACCAAUUCGUUUCUUUGUAAAAAAAAAAACAAACGAUAACGGGCACCCUGUUGACAUUUUGUGACACUCCUUGGAUUUCUUAGCUAGCAAACGGUGACUUGUGUCAGAAUUCUGGGCCACAAUGACAGAAAACGCACCCACACGAAGUCUUGAUGACAUCGACCUCGCUGCCCUGCGGGACCCAGCAGGGAUCUUCGAGCUGGUGGAGGUCGUUGGCAACGGCACCUACGGACAGGUGUACAAGGGGCGGCAUGUGAAGACAGGACAGCUGGCUGCCAUCAAGGUGAUGGAUGUGACGGAGGAGGAGGAAGAGGAGAUCAAGGCGGAGAUCAACAUGCUGAAGAAGUACAGCCACCACCGCAACAUCGCCACCUACUACGGGGCCUUCGUCAAAAAGAGUCCGCCGGGACAUGAUGACCAGCUCUGGCUGGUGAUGGAGUUUUGUGGGGCAGGGUCGGUGACAGACUUGGUGAAGAACACUAAAGGCAACUCACUGAAGGAAGACUGGAUAGCCUACAUCUGCAGAGAGAUCCUGCGGGGCCUGUCUCACCUCCACGCCCAUAAGGUCAUCCACAGAGAUAUCAAGGGUCAGAAUGUUCUGCUCACGGAGAACGCCGAGGUGAAACUUGUGGACUUUGGGGUGAGCGCUCAGCUGGACCGAACCGUGGGCAGGAGAAACACCUUCAUCGGCACUCCCUAUUGGAUGGCUCCCGAGGUCAUCGCCUGCGACGAGAACCCCGACUCCACAUAUGACUACAGGAGUGAUAUCUGGUCUCUCGGGAUCACAGCCAUAGAAAUGGCAGAAGGGGCACCUCCGUUGUGUGACAUGCAUCCUAUGCGGGCCCUCUUCCUCAUCCCCAGGAACCCUCCACCCAAACUCAAGUCAAAGAAAUGGUCCAAGAAGUUCAUUGACUUCAUCGAGGGUUGCCUGGUCAAGACGUACCCCAGCCGGCCCUCCACCGAGCAGCUGCUCAAGCACUCCUUCAUCCGGGACCAGCCCACUGAGAGGCAGGUGCGCAUCCAGCUCAAGGACCACAUCGACCGCACCCGCAAGAAGCGCGGCGAGAAAGAGGAGACUGAGUAUGAGUACAGUGGCAGUGAUGACGACGAUGAGAACCGUGGGGACGACCGAGAGUCCAGCUCCAUCCUGAACGUCCCGGGCGAGUCGACGUUGCGGCGGGACUUUUUGCGUCUGCAGCAGGAGAACAAGGAGCGCUCGGAGGCCCUGAAGCGGCAGCAGGCCCAGCUGGCCGCGCAGCGCCGCGACCCCGAGGAGCACAAGCGCCAGCUGCUGCACGACCGCCAGAAACGCAUCGAGGAGCAGAAGGAGCAGAGACGCCGCCUGGAGGAGCAACAGAGAAAAGAGCGAGAGAUGGUGCGACAGCAGGAGAAGGGCCCCCACCGCCGGCUGGAUGACAUGCGGAGGGAGGAGGACCGGAGGAUGGCCGAGCGAGAGCAGGAGUACAAGCGUAAGCAGCUGGAGGAGCAGCGCCAGUCAGAGCGUCUGCAGAGGCAGCUGCAGCAGGAGCACGCCUACCUGGUGUCCCUGCAGCAGCAGCAACAGCAGCAGCAGCAGCAGGACAAGAAGCCCCAGCUCUACCACUACAGCAAGAACCUGGAGGCCAACAACAAGCCGGCGUGGGCCCGCGAAGUGGAGGAGCGGAGCAAGCUGAACAGAACAGGCUCGCCUAAACUCUGCACCACCGUGUCCGACACCAACAUCCAGUCACGCUCCGACUCCAUCAACCAAUCAGGGGCUGCACAGGCUGCCCAGACCCCGCCCAUGCAGCGUCCGGUCGAACCGCAGGGUGGACAGGGCAAGUUCCAGAUGGCCCACCUGGUGCCACUGAAGCCGUACGCGGCGCCCGUGCCCCGCUCGCAGUCCCUGUGCGACCAGCCCACUAAGACCAUGUCCGCCUUCCCCACGCAGGAGCCCUCCCCCACCCCCCCCCCCCGCCCGCUCCACCCCCGCGAGCUCGUGCGCCAGAACUCCGACCCCACCUCCGAGAGCCAAGCCCCGCAGCCGCGGCCAAUGAGGGACGACCGCGGGCCCUGGAUCCGCCUCCCCGAGAUCGAGCAGCCACCGAAAAUUCCCCAGCGGACUACCUCCAUCGCCACGGCGCUGAACACCAACCUCUCCUCUGGGAUCAGACAUCCAGUCCGCGCCAGUAAUCCCGAUCUGAGCCGCAAUGACCGCUGGGAGAGGGGGGACAGCAUGAGCGUGGUGUCCAACCUGCCGCAGACAGGCUCCCUGGAGCGACACCACAUCCUGGGCUCCUCUAAAAUGGAUUCGUCUCCCAUCCUGCACCACGACGGGCGGCACAAGCCAGGGGAGUCGCGCACCUCCUCGCGACCCAGUCGCCCAGCGAGUUAUAAGCGAGCUAUAGGAGAGCAUGUUUGUCCUGCUCUCCGUCAGACUCCAGAGAAGCGUAGCCAUAAUGGUUACACCAACCUGCCUGACGUGGUCCAGCCCUCCCACUCCCCCACUGACUCCACCUCCUCGCCAGGGAAAGACUCUGCCUAUGAUUAUCAGUCACGUGGUCUAGUCAAGGCAUCUGGCAAGUCCUCCUUCACUACUUUUGUGGAUCUGGGAAUGUACCAUCCACAAGGUGGGACAGGGGAGUCCAUUCCAGGAACUUUGGGGCCGCGGUUUGAGCAGCUGAAGGCUGAAGUGCGCAAGGGCUCCAUGGUGAACGUGAACCCCACCAAUACUCGCCCCCACAGCGACACGCCCGAGAUCCGCAAAUACAAGAAGCGUUUCAACUCUGAGAUCCUGUGCGCUGCUCUGUGGGGUGUGAACCUACUGGUCGGUACAGAGAAUGGACUGAAACUGUUGGACCGUAGCGGUCAGGGGAAAGUCUACCCCCUCAUCAACUCGCGCAGAUUCCAGCAGAUGGACGUCCUGGAGGGACUCAACCUGCUCAUCACUAUAUCAGGGAAGAAGAAUAAAGUGCGUGUGUACUACCUGGCCUGGCUCCGCAAUAAGAUUCUGCACAACGACCCCGAGGUGGAGAAGAAACAGGGCUGGACCACUGUUGGGGAGAUGGAGGGCUGUGUGCACUACAAAGUGGUGAAAUACGAGAGAAUCAAAUUUCUGGUCAUCGCUUUGAAGAAUGCAGUGGAGGUGUACGCCUGGGCUCCCAAGCCUUAUCACAAAUUCAUGGCUUUCAAGUCUUUCAGUGACCUGCCCCAUAGGCCCUGUUUGGUGGAUCUGACUGUGGAGGAGGGCCAGAGGCUUAAGGUCAUCUACGGGUCCAGCGCUGGCUUCCAUGCCAUCGAUGUGGACUCUGGAAACAACUACGACAUCUACAUCCCUGUGCAUAUUCAGAGUCAGGUGACUCCCCACGCCAUCGUGUUCCUGCCAAGCUCUGACGGCAUGGAGAUGCUGCUCUGCUACGAGGAUGAGGGCGUCUACGUCAACACCUACGGCCGCAUCAUCAAGGAUGUGGUGCUGCAGUGGGGAGAGAUGCCCACCUCUGUGGCGCACAUCUGCUCCAACCAGAUCAUGGGUUGGGGCGAGAAGGCCAUUGAGAUCCGUGCCGUGGAGACGGGCCAUCUUGACGGCGUCUUCAUGCACAAGAGAGCCCAGAGGCUCAAGUUCCUGUGCGAGAGAAACGAUAAGGUGUUUUUCGCCUCGGUGCGCUCUGGGGGCAGCAGCCAGGUGUACUUCAUGACUCUGAACAGGAACUGCAUCAUGAACUGGUGAACAGCAAGGAGCUCCCACUGCCAUUCCACUCUGCUGUUUGUGGUUGUUGUCGUUGAGGUUAUCUUCUACUCCCUACAACAAGCCCUCUUUUCAUACGCCUGUACACACUCAACACAAUGUUUAAACGAUGUUGCUUGCAUACAGCUCAGAACCGAUGGGUGCAGCUGUGUUCUGCUCUAUUACCGAGACACAUGUGUACCCACUUAAAUGCUGUUAUCAGUAUCCCCACAGAUCUUAUACAAAUGUAUUCUCACACACACACUCACACACACACACACCUAAAGCCACAUGCAUGCACCUUGGGCGCUGGUACGUGGGGUUGGAGCUCUAUUCUGAAAUCCUCACCAUUGUGAGAUUCCCUGGUGUUGCCUCUGGGUGUAAUAUAGUGGGUUGUUGUUUUUUUUUCUUUUCCUCUUCUGAGAGACGCCCCCGUCUCGCGCAUGGUGCACUCCAGAAGCUCACAGUAGACACGAAUCCAGAACAGGCUCCAGACGUCCUCUGUACAUAGCCCUGUAUUAACACACCACAUCAGUCCUCCAACAACAUUCCUUCCUAUCCUGAUCAACAGAAAUUAUGAUAAGCUGUACAGAAAAAAAUGAUUUUGAAAUGUUAGAGAAAUUUUGUUUUUGCGGGGGAGCCAAAAAUCAACAAGCAGUCUGUCAUUAUCA